GCUCCAGCGUGGUCCAUCUUUCGUGAUCCCCUGUUACAUAUUCCAAAGCGGUACAUUCCCGGCACUGAUCCGUUAUACAGAUACGAUUUGGGGUAGUACCGGGAGCAUAGUACGCCACUGCUGAUUCGCCAUGACUGAAACCCCCUUAAGUAAAUAAACCGGGGUACAUUGCAAAACCAUCGUGAGCAGGUGCGCUGAGCUGGAGCGAGUGAGGUGAUGGUGCUGGAUCCCGGGGAAGGCUGUGGAGACCGGCUGCAGGGGGUGGGUGGGAUGGAGGACACCCGGGAUGCCCUGGAGCCGGAACAUAGGCCCAACCGGGCCAAGGCAAGGCCUCGAGCCGGCAGCGUCACCAAGGGAGAGGCCCCUUGCCCCAGCAGACAGCGGUCCCACACCUGCUUGGAGUUGGGCUGCCGGGCCAAGGGAGCAGCCUGCCCUGACGGAGAGGGGCUGGCAGCCCGGCGAGCUUCCGCAGGUGCAGCGACCCGGCGGCCUCUCAGCCUCCAGGUGAAGCGGCAGCGGGGGGCGGAGUCAGAGCAAAGACGGGUGCAGCAGCCCCCCUGGCGCAGUGCCCAAGCUCCUAACCCUCCCGCUCGCAGCCUCACUAGCCCCAGCUUGUCCCCCGGAGGUUGGAUGCGGCGUAGCGAGAGCACCUUCGCAAUGAACGGGGGCCUAGGUGGCACGAUCAGCAGGGGGCGCAUGCGUCCCGCCACUUCCCUGCCCCACAUAGCCCGGGUGGGUGGACCCGCCCCAUUGACCUCACCUUCGUCACCCAAGGGCUCCUGCCUCCUGGUGGCUUUACGGCCCAUUAAUAUGGAGCAGGAGCGCGAGGCAUUCUUCCAGGCCGGCUUCCAGUAUGAGCCACAGUUCCAGUACGCCUCCCCACAGCCCAGCGCCGUCUUGGAGAAGUACAAAGAGGGUUCCGGCCUCUUUCUUGCACAGGCGGUGGGGAUCAUGGAGUGUGUCCUGAGGAGGUUUGGCUCUUACGAGAGUUUUGAGGAAGCCACCGGGGGCAGCGUGCUUCCCAAGAGCCACGUGUGGGCAGCCGUACGCAAAUACCUGCAGAAGGAGGGCUGCGUGGGGGAGGUGGUGGUCCGCCUCUCCGAAGAGCUGCUGUCUCAGGCUGUGAUGAUGGUGGAGAGCUGUAGGCCAACUCUCACGAUCAACCUGUCAGGAGCGAGGCAGCAUUGGCUGGAAGGCAUGCUCCGUCAUGAGAUCGGCACACACUACCUGCGCGGGGUUAACAACAGCCUGCAGCCCUGGGGCAGCACCACGGGGCGGAAGCAGUUCGGCUUGAAGCCCGCCAACCCCACAGAGGAGGGCCUGGCCAGCCUGCACAGCGUGUUGCUACGGCGACAGCCUUUCCUGUGGCGCGCUGCCCUACUCUACUAUACCGUCUACCACGCCGCGGGUAUGAGCUUCCGCCAGCUGUUCGCCCACAUCAGCCGCUUCGUCGAGGACCCCGACGUGCGCUGGGAGUACUGCAUCCGGGCCAAGAGGGGGCAGACCGAUACCUCCCAACCAGGCUGCUUCAGUAAGGAUCAGGUUUACCUGGAUGGAGUGCUGAGGAUCCUGCGCCACAGGAGGAACAUUGACUUCAAAAUGCUUGCCUGCCUGGGCAAAGUGUCUUACGAGGAUGUGGAGCGGCUCCGGCGCCUGGCUGUCCUGCAGAGAACCAGAAUCCCUCACUUCAUGCGGGACCAGGAGCGAUACCUGCAGCAGCUGGACCACAUCGUGACGGUCAACGAGCUGGUUGACGACGAGCUCCAGGAGCUCAUCCCCUGAUUGGCCGGGCGCGGCCCACGGACCCGGCGCACCUGCCGCCAGGCCCACACCUGGCGUCCUCUACCCAGCCGUAUUACAAACAUAGCUCAGUACCACGUGCUCAUCUGGACACCUGAGCUGCAUUGCAUGCUGGGAAAAAAAACAUUUCCUCGCAAGUGUCCUGACAAAAAACACCCGAUUACCUCGGAUGCUGUACCUCGGCUUGGCCAAGACCCAUCCCUAAUCACAGGAACAUACAUCCAGUGCCGUUGUGUCAAACCCAAGAACUGCAACUCCUGUUUGGGAUUGCAUUUUAAAUUUUUAAUUCUGUAUUUAUGCAAGUAUUUAUUUUUAUUUAUUAAUGUGAUUUGGUAAAAAAGAAAAUGAAAAGACACUGGCUUUAUCCCUGCUUUCUGAAGGGCCUUAGAUUAUCCUGUAGUGUUAAAACCUGUUUAACAGCAUGUGGAAUCCCAGCCUGUUUUCAUGAGAGGCUUAACCUUUCUGUCCAUUGUAGUUAGUUCAAUUCAUGUUUGAAUGUUUUAAUGGUGCUUAACUUCAUCUGUCCUGUUGGUUAUAGUGUGGUGCGGCUACAUUGUGAAACUGAGCGAGGUGUAAAAUUUUAUGCCUUAAAGACGCACUUGAAGAAUCAAGACACAAGCAGCACCUUGCAGGACCGUUGCAAGGUCUAGGUCAGCAUUGAGUAACGCUGGUGAGCUAGGAAUGGAAGCUGAGAACUUCGUAGGGAUGGACAUUUUAAUGGAAAGCAAGUGAGAGGGGAAAGGAGUGAGAUACACUAGAGAAUAAGGAGCAGUAUAUGGUAGAAGUGAACCUUGUAGGAGGUUAGUGAGAAGGCUUGGUUAGUUAAGGAGGAAAGGCAGGUUGGGGACACUCCUUUAGCAUAGCAUGUGGGCCACGUAGAAGUAGAAUGAGCUACAGGUUUUAGCAAGAAACGCAUGUGUUGGUUAGAAGUAGAUACAAUCCUUGAUUUGUAACCCUACUCAUUACUCUUUGUAUUUUCAAAGCAGAUGGUUAUAACAAUGUUGAAGUAGUUCUUUGGUGAAGAAAGGCUAUGGGAUAUACUUCUCCUGAUGGUUCCGCGUGAUGUGAUCAAUGGGGAUCUAUUACUGCAGUGGUGUAGUGCUGGACUGAUGGGAUACACAGAGGAAGCAGGCGCAUUUCAGGAUGGGAGCUGAAAGUCCAGCUGUAACACUUUUGUAACCCCUGUGACUAACCCCAGGUGUAUGCCUGCCCAACAUGGCAGUUUAUAAUCGUAUAUCUUUGGUGCUUUAAGCCUGUCCUUCAUUUCCCUCCUUUUUUCCCACUUUCUCUCCCAUCUGCCGCCAUCUCCCUUAAUCUUACCACUUGCCAUCUGCAGACAGUUCUCAAAAGUGUCAGGAUGACAGCAGGUUAAUUUGCUGGCUGGGAGUGCCUUUUCGAAACAGCAGCUACUGAGGCUAUUAGAGGUUGCUCUUUCCUUCCAUACGUACUAUUCAAAUGCUGAUGCACUUAAUGUAUAAUUCAGCCUGUCGCGUCACUUCUAUUGCAUGAAUGUUGCACAUUUUAUGUUAAUCAGUAUUUCCAGUUUAUAAAGCCUCGUAAUAAAUGUUGCCGUUUGUGAUUCCUUUUUCAA